CCCUCCCCCUCCCCCUCCCCCUCCAUAAACCCUAAAUCCCUCUCUCUCUCUCUCUCUAUCUACUCUAUCCUCCUCCAUUCCCAUCCUUCCCACCGGUCGAUUAUCCAUGGAGUCCAAGCCGGUCGCUCCCGAGACCAACGCGCUCUCCUCAGGUUCCUCCUCCUCCUCCUCCUCUUCUUCUUCGUCUCGCGAUUACGAUUACGUUCCUCCCGUCGUCGCCCAUCCCGUCAAGGUCGGCGGCAGCGGCAGCGGCGGAGAGUCCGAGGAGGACGGGGGGUUCGUGAGCGGCGGGGAGGAGGAGCGGCCGGCUUUCGCGGCGCCGGGGAGCUUCAGGCCGGUCGCUAAGGUGUCCAACGAUGAUGACGAUGAUGAGGAUGGUGAGGUGGUCGAUGGGGAGGAUGAUGGUGAGGCGGUGCGUGGUGGCGGUUUCGGGGAGCCGAAAGUUAAGGUUUUGGCCGGUGCGGCUGAAGGCGGUGAGGAAUUGGGGUCGUUGGAGGGUGGUGUUCGGGGUCUGAGCGGUGUUUCGGGGAGUGGUAGUUUGGAGAAGGGGGUGGAAAGUGGAAAUUUUGGUUUUGGGGAGAGAAGGGUGUCCCGGCGCAAGAGUUUAAAAGAAUUGCUGGAGACAAGCGGUGGUGAUGAUGAUUAUCAGGAAGGCGUGAAGGAGGUUCCGAUGGGUGUGAAAGAAGAUAAGGUAAUUGAGAGUGGAGAUGUGGUUGAGCAGAGUGUUCAGGCUGGGGCUGUGGAAGUGGCUAAAUUGCAAAGUGAGGGAGCUGUUGUGGAGCAGGCUUUGGAUAGCUCCGGCGGUGGUAAGUCCGAGGAGUUGAGCAAAGCAGUUGAAUUCGUAUAUAGUUCAGUGGCUAGCGCUGACAGAGUGGACUCCAAGAACCUUGAGCAGAAAGAUGUCAAGCAAAUUGAAGAUGAUGGCGUGAAGUUUAAUGAUGGUGGAGACACGGUUGUGGAUGCUGUAAAAGUUGAUUUGACGGCCUCGGGAGCUGCUGUCGUUGGGGAAGUGAUGGAUGGGAGGGAUUCUGAAAUCCAAGCAGUGGAACUCUCUAGCGAACCUGUGCCACUGGAAAACGGUUUCGAUCAAAUAAGCCCAAAAGCUGAAAAUCCUGCUGAAAUCAUGGCAGUUAGAUUGGAUGAGAGCAGCGAUGGACUACGGAACAGCAUCGAUGAAGCCUCCGAACGGGUUCCUGAAAUGAAGAAAGAUGAUGUUCCUGGUGUUGGAGGAGAUAACAUGCCAGAGCCUGGCGUAGCAGUUGUUGACCAAGCGACUGAAUAUCCUGAUCAGGAGGUAAAAAAAGAAAUGCAAAUGGAGCCAGAAGCAGAAUCUGGACCCAAACACGAUGAGCCUGCGACGAAAGCUGCCGAUCAUGGAGUGGAAAGUGCAUAUAGUCAUGUUUCUGGUGAGAGAGAUGAAGUCCAGUCUCUUUCAUUGGACUCUGUGACUGGACAUGCAGAGCCUAAACUAGAUGGGAAGGCAAAACCGCCGGAGAAUAAUGGAACUAUUGCUGAAGUUGAGGGGCUUGGAGUGGAAACAGGGGUUCCAGUGCAAUCUCUGUCAUAUGACCAAGAUGUGUCGGUGGAACCUGGAGAUGAUGAUAAACUUCAGGUGGAUGAAGAAACCGACAUGGAAGGCUCAGAUACCGAUGGAGAAAAAGGAAGUAUGCUUUUUGAGAACUCCCAAGCUGCCAAACAGUUCUUGGAAGAACUGGAAAGAGGUGCUGGUUCUCAAUCUGGUGCUGAAAGUUCUCAUGAUCAUUCACAGAGAAUUGAUGGUCAGAUUGUCACGGACUCUGAUGAAGAAGUUGACACUGAUGAGGACGGUGAUGGUAAGGAGUUGUUUGAUUCAGCUGCUUUGGCUGCUCUGCUAAAAGCUGCAACAGGUGCUGAUACAGAUGCCGGAAACAUCACUAUAACCUCCCAAGAUGGCUCGAGGCUAUUCUCUGUUGAGCGUCCUGCUGGGUUGGGGUCCUCUCUUAGGUCGGUGAAACCUGCCUCCCGACCGAACCGUUCUAGUCUUUUUACUUCUAAUCUGACUCCUGCGGAGUCUGACAACAAUUUGACCGAAGAAGAAAAGAAGAAACUUGAGAAGAUUCAGCAGUUGAGGGUCAAAUUCCUAAGGCUUGUUCAACGGGUAGGUUAUUCUCCAGAAGAUUCACUGGCAGCUCAAGUUCUGUACAGGUUGGCGCUUGUUGCUGGGAGGCAAGCUGGUCAAUUAUUUAGCCUUGACUCAGCAAAAAAGACAGCAUCUGAGCUUGAACUGGAAAAGAAAGAUGAUUUGAACUACUCUUUGAACAUAUUGGUUCUUGGAAAAGCUGGAGUGGGCAAAAGUGCAACCAUAAACUCACUUCUUGGUGAGGAUAAGGCAAUGAUCCAUGCAUUUGAACCCGCCACAACAGCAGUGAAAGAGAUAACUGGAACAGUUCAUGGAGUUAAGAUCAGGGUCUUUGACACUCCUGGUUUAAAAUCAUCUGUUAUGGAACAAAAUGAGAACCGUAGAAUCUUCUCUUCUAUAAAGAAGUUCACGAAGAAAUGCCCGCCAGAUAUCGUACUUUAUGUUGAUCGACUUGACACCCAAACGAGAGACCUCAAUGAUUUACCAUUGCUAAAAUCAAUCACCAGUGCCCUUGGCCCAUCAAUCUGGCGAAGUGCUAUUGUCACUCUUACCCAUGGUGCUUCUGCUCCACCAGACGGACCAUCUGGUUCUCCACUUAGUUAUGACGUGUUUGUUGCUCAGCGUUCCCAUGUUGUUCAGCAAUCCAUAGGACAGGCUGUAGGUGAUUUACGCCUUAUGAAUCCAAGUCUGAUGAACCCAGUUUCUCUUGUGGAGAAUCACACAUCUUGUCGGAAGAAUCGAGAUGGUGAGAAGGUGCUCCCAAAUGGCCAAACCUGGAGACCUCAAUUGCUAUUGUUGUGCUUCUCCAUGAAGAUAUUAGCAGAAGCAAGUUCUCUCUCAAAACCUCAAGACCCAUUCGAUCAACGCAAGCUGUUUGGUUUCCGUGUCCGCUCACCUCCACUUCCAUACUUGUUAUCCUGGUUGUUGCAGUCUCGCACACACCCCAGGCUCUCCUCUGAUCAGGGUCUGGAGAACGGUGAUUCUGAUGUUGAUAUGGCUUAUUCUUCUGAUUCGGAUGAAGAAGAUGAAGAGGAUGAGUAUGACCAGCUUCCUCCGUUUAAGCCACUCAGGAAAUCUCAAAUUGCUAAGCUUAGCAAGGAACAGAGGAAAGCAUAUUUUGAGGAGUAUGAUUACAGGGUGAAACUUCUGCAAAAGAAACAGUGGAGAGAGGAGCUGAAAAGAAUGAGAGAGAUUAAGAAGAAAGGAAAGGUUUCUCCUGAUGAGUAUGAUUAUAUGGGAGAGGAUGGUGAUCCAGAGGAUGGAAGUCCAGCUGCCGUGCCUGUUCCUUUGCAUGAUAUGGUUCUUCCACAAUCCUUUGACAGUGACAAUCCUGCUUACAGGUACCGCUUUCUGGAGCCAACUUCACAGUUCGUAGCAAGGCCCGUUCUGGACACACAUGGUUGGGAUCAUGAUUGUGGUUAUGAUGGGGUAAACCUCGAGCAUAGUCUAGCUAUCGCCAGUCAAUUCCCUGGAGCAGUUGCACUGCAGAUCACCAAAGACAAGAAAGAAUUCAACAUCCACUUGGAUUCUUCAGUUGCUGCAAAGCAUGGCGACAAUGGGUCAACCAUGGCAGGUUUCGACAUCCAAAAUAUUGGCAAACAACUUGCCUACAUUGUCCGUGGGGACACUAAAUUCAAGAACUUCAAAAAGAACAAGACUGCUGCUGGCUUUUCUGUUACGUUUUUAGGUGAGAACAUAGCCACUGGUUUUAAAGUUGAGGACCAAAUUGCCCUUGGAAAGCGUGUGAUGCUGGUGGGUAGCGCUGGAACCGUUAGAUCUAACAGUGAUGCGGCAUAUGGAGCUAAUCUUGAAGUGCGGCUUAGGGAGGCGGACUUCCCUGUGGGCCAGGAUCAGACUUCUAUGAGCUUGUCCCUUGUGAAGUGGAGAGGGGAUCUUGCAUUAGGUGCUAAUAUGCAGUCUCAGUUUUCUGUUGGACGAAGUUCUAAGAUUGCAGUACGUGCUGGAUUAAACAACAAGCUAAGUGGACAAAUCUCGGUUCGUACCAGCAGCUCUGAGCAGCUUCAGAUUGCGCUUGUGGGUAUCCUUCCCAUUGUGACAGCCAUCUAUAAGAGCCUCCGCCCCGGGGUUAGUGAGACUUACUCAAUUUACUAGCCCACUGUCGAAAUGCCAUGCCGGGCCUUAAUUUUGCAGCUCAUUCGUUGGCUCUUAUGUCCUUUUCUUACUUGGAACUCUCCCUAUUUUGUUCGUUUUAUAUUUACUUGAUAGAUGUAUCAAGUACGAGAUGGAUUAUUGAGGAAAAUCAAAUAAUAUUGUCUUCCCUUAAAAGAUUUUCCAAUUAGAUGCAGUGAAUUUCAUAUCAUUGUGAAAA